AUGGCGUCCUCAGGCCUGGGGUCGGCCAUGAACCCCGUCUUGUCAACACAAGCCGCUGCGGUCUCGCGGAACGAGGCCAACGCGCUUGUGCGGCAGGUGAAUCGCCUUCUGAAUCGACAGCUCUCGUCAGUCUGCCAGGUCAACGGCGUUAAGAGCACUGGCAUUAAGGCGGAACUGCAGAAACGCAUCGCCAAUCUCAUCCAGGAAGCCGUCGAUGCCAACGAUCCUGUGCGCUUCCAACAGAUCCGUCAGAGCGUGCACAACACUAUAGCGAAUGCGCCCGCCGGAACCUCGCCCGCCCGAGCCACUAUCUCGCAUGCACACACUCAUGGUCACUCGCAGCCGUACUCUAUGCAGGGUAUGUCGUUCUCUAGCAGUGCGCCCGGUUUAUCCAACGGUCAUCGGUCUAGCGCCGGCUUCGGCGGGUCGCAAACAAUGGCACUCAGCUUCAAGUCGAGUCCGUUUUACAAGAUCGAGGCGACCAUUGGUGAAGUGCGAGCUUGCGAUGCCAUGUCACAGCACCGUAACACGGUGUCUAUCCCCAUCAAGCUCAACGACCACCCCUCUCUGCAGAACUGCGUUGACGAUACUUCGUACCGAGUCAUGGUCUUUUGCGCUGGCGACUCCACGGGCAUGCAGGAUAUUGCGUUCCCUCACCAGUCUGAACUCAAGGUCAACGGUGGCGAAAUCAAGGCAAACCUGCGCGGAUUGAAGAAUAAACCUGGCUCUACUAGACCGGUUGACAUCACCAAGGCUCUGCGUCUUCGACCACACUACACUAACAAUGUCGAAUUCACAUAUGCGUUGACGAACAAGAAAUUCUACCUCGUGCUUAAUCUCUGCCGAGUCACAACCGUAGACGAGCUUGUGACGCGUAUCUCUACCGGCAGGAGGAUACCAAUCGACAUGGUCAAAAAAGAGCUCAACGCAAAGGCACAGGAUCCUGACGUGGUAGCAACGUCUCAAGUCCUGUCCCUGAAGUGUCCACUAUCUUAUAUGCGACUGAGUCUUCCAUGUCGCGGGCUAAGCUGCUCGCAUAUUCAGUGUUUUGACGCGACAUCGUAUCUACAGCUCCAGGAGCAAGGCCCGCAGUGGCAAUGUCCAAUCUGCUCUAAAGCGGCGCCCUUUGACCAGCUGGCAGUUGACGAGUACGUCAAGGACAUCCUCACAAGAACCUCGAAAAGCCUGGAGUCUGUUACCAUCGAGCCUGACGGGGAAUGGCACCUCAAGAACUCAGACGAGAGUCUGGGUCUGACCAACGGGGAUUCGUCUUACCACGAUGACUAUGACGACGAUGACGAUGUCUUGAUUUCAGAGGUCAACCCCAUCAGUCAUCGUCGCCUAGAGACUCCCAAGACCACUACCCCGAGUAUCGGCACGCCUGUCACAGCCGGUCGGGACGGGUCCUCUUCUGGACCUAGAGGAACAUCCUCCAUCAGUGGCAAGCGUCCAGUUGCCGCUAUCAUUGACCUGACGCUUUCGGAUGACGAUGACGAACCGGCUGUUCAGCCGCCCCCUAAGCGUCAAAACACGGCAACGAAUGGCUUCUAUGGAUCUAAUAACCUGCCGAAUAACUUGGCAUUGCCUCCUAAUGGGCCUAGUGGGUAUCUGUAG